UUCAGCUCUUUCAGUCUUGUGAUUCCGUGUCGCGUCGAUGAUCUGAUAUGGGCGGGACUUUAGCGGUCACCGGAGAUAAACACUCGCCAGACUCCGCGCUCGGUUUUCGACGCCGAAACUUCCAAUGAGGGCGAAGCAGACUGCCGCUGGGAGCCAUAGACUGCGAGUGCGCGGCACUGUCUCUUUAAACGCGCCUGGUGUGAAAAGUUCAGUCAAGAAGGCUGCGCGGAGGGGGGUUCUGCGUGGUUUGGCGCAGAGAUCGGCGUCUGAUAUCGCGAGCGCAGUGCAGCAGAUGGCUGGCGACGGCGGCGAGGCCAAACGUCUUCCAAAGAGACCGUUUCACGGCGAGGUGGAGGAGAACUCCAGCGCGACCAUGAACGAGAACGUCAAAAUAAAGCCCGGGAAAAAGACUCCGGGUGAACGGCGCGGUAAAGAGAACUCCGCCGCUAAGUGUGCUGCUUUGACAAGCGGCUCUGCCGAGGCGAAGAUGGACCAGACCGUAAUACACAGUCCCCAGACGCGAGACGAUCCGAGCAUCUUCUUCGACGAGGACAGCAAUCACGUUUUCCCGGUGGAGCAGUUCUUUGGGAACAUGGACGCCGUUCAGGAGUUCCCACGCAGAACCCCAGGAAGCAAGAGAAUGAGUCGAAGAGAGUACAGGAGCAUGCAUUACUAUGCCAAAGAGGACAGUGAAGACGAGCAGCUAUGAGGACACUAUUCCUCACGGUCACUCAAUCCGUCUGCCGCCGACAGGGAAGGAGUUGCUGGUAAAAUGGACUCGAUCGUUUUAAAGCAAGCUAUUUAUUCCAAAAGCCUUUUUAAUGAUGCACUGUGUUGAUUUAUCAGCGACGUAAUGAUUUCUUGCGUAGUUUUGAGGUACACCGACAAUGGCAAAAACGUCAGCGCAUCCACAAUUAUAAACUUAAGAACAUGCGUGUGCCACACUAAACGAAUGUACAUUUAGAGGGGUUUGUGUUAGCUACAACCGUCAUGUGAUUUAGAGCAUACGCUGAAAGAAAGCUAUAUUUCUAUAUCUUUCCGUACACUGGGUUUUCUACCACUAGUCCUUACUAAUGUGCUCUCAAGUCAACAAACGCGGUUUUAACAAGUGCCUCAAAAAUUUGCUGUUUAGAAAUUCGAACAUUAGCUUGGACGUUAUAAAUUUGGCACUUUUGAACGUUCUCUGUUGAGAAUAAAUAGAUUUGUUUUGGAAAAUGAAACACUUAAUACUUCAGAUUUGGUGCUGUAUAUAUAAAAACGAAAGCAUGUAGCUAUUUUGUUCAUCGAUACGUUUAUGAUGUAAAGAUCUUUAUAUUGGUUAUAACUCAAAUUCAGAUGCUUUUAUUGUAAGAUAUGGAAAAGUUAUACUUUUAAACCAACAAUUUCAAACUGUAUUAUGCAUGUGGCUUCAUCAGAAAUUUGAUUUGUCUGUAUAUGAUGAUAUUUGUAUAAUCUUACUGAACAGAAUUUGCACUAACUUCACGAGUGGCUCAAAGAUGUAACAUUUUAAAAAGUAGGUUCUUUUCUACUAUGUACAAAUUCUAAAAAUUGUAGAAAGUGUGAUUUUUGAAGUUUAUAUUUUUCUAUUGAAGCGAUAAACCAAGUGCUAAUUUGUUUUGCUACCAAAUACUUUAUGUAUAUGACAUGCAAUUUUUCGUGAACUUAUUUAAUGGCAAAUCAUCCGUGUAUUAUCAUGUGAAAGCUACAAUACUCCGUCCAGAGAAAAUAAAUCUCAUUAACAGCUUUGGAAAA